GGGCCCGUUCCCGGUUGCCGAUUCCCUCCCGGAGCCGCCGCCGCGGGACCGCCCGGGCCGGGGGGUUGAGCCCAUGGCCGGGAAGGAGCCGCUGCUGAGCGCCCUUAAAGGCGGGGUGCUGCGGCUGCGGGAGGGCGGGGGGCCCUGCACGGACGCCUCGCCGCACCUCACCUCCUUCUGCCAGCUGCUGGAGAGCAUCCUGCGCAAGGGGCUACGACAGCCAGCCUGGGGCUUCAGGAGACGGGAUUACUGGCACUGGGUGGAGCAGCUUCCCACGGGGGACAGUGGCAGGCCGACCUCUCUCUCCAUCAGCAUUCAGAAAGCCGGCGGCUGUGAGAAGACGCGGACGGUGCAGGGCCGUGGGCGGUAUUUUCUGCGCCUGGCUCUGCAGGGGAAGGUGCUGGCGGCGGCCGUGCGGGGGCUGGCACAGACCCCCCGGCUCCUGGAGUUUUAUGAUCCAGUGAGCUCCGUCCUCGGCAAUGAAAACCUCCUGGAGCCUUUCCUCUCGCUGCUGCUGGUGGUGACAGAGAUGGAUUUCUCCCUGGACCUGCAGAAUUGCAGCUUCUUGGACGAAAGCUGGCUGCUGCCGGUGUGCGUCACUUACGAGACAGUCCCGUGCCGAGAGCUGGGGAUGGUGCUCAGGUACGUGGAUGGCCGAGUCUUUGUCACCGAGGUGCUCCCCGAGAGCCAGGCGGAGGUGGACCAGGUGGUGCUGGCCGGCGACAUCCUCGACGAGAUCAGCGGCUGCUCGCUGAGAAACGCCUACAGUGGGCAGGCCGGGGCCGUGCUGCAGAAGCUGAAGGGACAACCGCUCGUCUUCCGCCUGCUGCGGUGGCGGUGGCAUGAUGGGGGGCUCUACGAGCCACUGCUGCCCUACCUGAAGGUCCUGAAGGAGAAGGAGCCCCAAUUCCAGCUCCAGAAAGGCCCCCGGCACCGGGGCGAGGGGGAGCCACGGAAGCUGCAGGGGGGCAGGCUGCUCUACAACCUGCAGUACCUGGGUCAGACCAGCGUUGGGAAGUGCGGUGGCAAGGAGGUGCUGGGCCGGGCCAUCCCCGCCGUGCUGGAGAGGCACCGGGCAGCGCGGGAUGUUUUGUUUGAUGUGAUGGAAGCAGAAGUCCUCGUACAGGAGACGACCUCUUCCAAGCUCCUGUGCCGCUACCCCUACCCCACCAUCUCCUGCGUGGGACGCUGCGUGGACAGCAGCAAUUUAUUCGCUUUCUGCGUGGCCGCUUCCCCGGAGAGCCCCGACGGGAGCACGUUCGACUGCCUGGUGUUUGCAGCAAGUUCUGAGCAGGAAUGCGAAGAAAUCGUCAAGAGAAUUGCUGCAGGAUUUAAGCACACGGAGUGGUUUGUCUGAGAAGGGAGAGCCCCGGCACCAGCCCCGAGGGAUGCAGGACCCCGAGGGAUGCUCAGCAGCCCCCGAGGGAUGCAGCAUCCCCCAAGAGCUGCUAUCCCUGACUCCUGGAGCUGGGGGCAGGGUGGUUUUCAAACCUCUCCCCGGCUGUCCUAGUGGAAGGAGAUGCUGUAAACGCCUCCAGUCUGCAAGCACUGGGCGCAGAGGGCUCCGUGUUGACUCACCACUGGCUUGCCAGAGUGAACUGUUGCUGUUCUUCCUCCUGGAAUGCCACGGCGCUU